UGUCAAUAUUUCCUUUUAAUCUAGUAACUUUUGUAGUAAUUAAGGAAUAAUGAUGAAUCUUGGAUUAUUCGUAUAGAAUUACGAAAAUUUUUCUCUUGAUAUUAAAAACUUUGUAGAAGCAAUUGUUUAUAUUUGUUUCAAAGUAAAUGAUGUAAUAAUUUCAAGGUCAGGAUUAAGCAUAGAUGACACAUUUCCAUUCCAGUGGCUAACUGACUCUUGAUUUGAAGAUCUGGCAAAUGUUUAGAGAGUCUCCUGAACAAUAGACAUAGAGCGUUUCCUUAAAGGUUGAAAAACUUUUACUUUCUUUUUGGCUCUUCUAGAAUUAAUAGAUGGAAACAGAAUUAAAAGUGUUUUACUGUAUAAUACUAAUAUAUGUAGGACCAAACUAGUACUUUGUUUACUCUUGAGUACUCUCAUGAGCUGGAAUCCUGUCGUCUCAACUCGGUUUGCUUUUGAUGAAAUCAUGUCAUGAUUGAAGUAAGGCUUAUUCCAAUUAUUAAGUUAUGUUAUUUUUCUUAUGCUUUGAAGUUUGCAUUGUGUGUUGAUUUUCUUUUAUUAUUUGGCUUGCCUUAAUAAUUGGAAACUUCCAGGUUUUUUUGAAACAAGCAUUUGAAAAGAGUUAUUGUGAUAUAAAAAUCUCAUAACUUUAGAGAAUUUUAGAUUUUAAUUUCCAGUUAUGGAUUUUUAUUAAAAACUUCUUUUUGUGUUUGGGACAUUUAUAUACUUUCUUCAUUUAAAAUGUGUCUACCUAUUCCAUAUUAGAAUGGAACAUAACUGUAUGGCUUUGUUAAUAAAAUCACCAGGAUAACUAGUUACUACAAAGAAUCUUUGGGUAUAAAUCAUAUUCUUGGUCCAAUUUAUUAAAGUUUACAUAUUAGGAAUAUUUUCUUACUUAUAUAUAUCAUGAGAAAAAAACUUGAAAAAAAUGUUAAGAAUAUAUACGUUUACUCAUUACUCUAUAAGCGUUGGUUCAUCCACUACUUGGAACUAGUAUCAAUGAAGAAAGUAUAGCCACGUGUUUUCAAAUAUAACUAAUUUGAAUAGGAUGUGGAAAUUUUUGUUUUUCCCAUUAUAACAUCUAGUUAUUUAUGAUUAUUACAUAAGAGAAGGGUUAAUCUGGGAUGAAAGAAAGAAUUGACUAUAGAAAAUGACAAUGUGAAUAUCUGUUGAUGCAAUCCUGCCCUUAGGCAGCUUGGCAGUUAGGUAUGGGAUACAUUCAAGCAAAUGAACCCUUAUGAUGAUGCAAAUGAACCUUUAUAAUGAAGUUUUAAAAAUGCUGUGAUGAAUGUCUCAUUAAUUAAGCAUUUACAUAAGCUUCUUGAAUCAGAAUCAAGGAAAUUAUUUUAAUAAAAUGUUCAUUUAAUAAAAUGUUGAAAUAAACAUUGGGAUGGUUCUGAACCUUUUUUGAAUCUUCUCUGAAGAAUUUUGACAUACCAUAAUCUUAAGGGGUUUCAUUGAAUCUGAUCAAUGAAUUUCAGUUUAAAAAUUCUUAUACUGGCAAAGGAUCAAUAUGAUACACCAAUAGUAUUCUCAAAAAGCAAACAAAACAACCAGCAUAUGUAAAUAAUUAAUAGGGGACUUCCUUAACAGCAUGCAGCCAAAAGUCUGUGAAAUACUUCAUAGGUUUUAUGGACUAUGAUGUAAUAUUGCAUGUGAAAAUUGCAUGUCUUGUCAUAUCAUGGUCAUUUCAUUAGUUUCACUUACCAUUUUCUGUUAUAAGCCAUUAGCUGUACAUGGAGCCACAUUAGUAUGAGCAAUUAGAAUAGCUAAAACACACAUACAAUGUAAAUCUGAUUCAGUGUUCAGUAGUGCAAAAAUUUAACUGAGUCAUCUUGUAUUUAUUGAUUUGAUGUGUGAUUUUAAAUUUAUAGAUUGAUUUACUGACCAAGUUGGAAAUGAGACUUUGAGUGUUGAUUCAUAUUUAAGGUCACUGGAAUUUUUGUUUUAUUUUUAGAAUGUGUUUCAUGAGAACUAUUUUAUUAAGUUAAGUUUAUAAUAGAUCUUAGGAGUUAUAUUAUUAUCCCAUAUAAAACUGAGCAUGGAGUAUAUAACUUUUUAAAUUCAUAAUGUGUAAGUGCUUUUAUGUGAUUGAUCUUUGCAAAUUAUAUGAUUGAUUACAUAGUAUUUAUAAAUUAAUGAUUUGAAAUGGAAAAAGAUUUUCAAGCCCAGUUCUAUUGACUUUAUGUGUGUGAGGAAAUUAAGACUGGAAAAAUUGUAGUUGCAGUAGAAAUGGGCUUGUACUGGAUCCAGUAGUCUCUCUGCUAUUCAUUAGUAUUCACUCUGCCAUAUUUAAUAUUGGCAUUUGCUGUUUCUCCUGAUGAUUUUUAAAAUUUUAAUUAGCAUUAUGCAUAAAAAGCAGAAAUACUGCUUUCUUUACUUUAGCUCAUACAAAAAGUAACCAAUUCAUGUGGCUUGAAAGUUGCAUCAGUUUUUUGGUGUGUGUAGUCAUUCUUUGGACAUUAGUCAAGUGUCUGCUCUCUGUAAGGAAACAAGUUCCUUACUGAAGCAUCUGUGUAGGUUCUUUAUUAUGACUGCUAGAUGUAAUUGUUUUUACCUCUUUAAGUUGAUGACCGUAAGGUUAUUUGUGACUUGUGACUUUUAUUUUAAUUCAAAAUUCAGGAGUUUGCAAUGGUGCCAUUAGAACAAUUUUACUCAUGUUAUUCUCCCCCUAAAAAAAAAUUAAGUAGAGUCUUUAGUGAGACUCUUUAUUUCUUAAUUUUGUAGUAUUGAUAUUUUUUCCUUGUAGGAUUGAUGGUGAUCCUCAGGAAAUGGGGGAAGAGGCAGAGCAAAAGUUCAAAAGGAUUAGCAGAUUGUGGAAAAAAGGAGGAUUUGGACAGAAGGAACCUGUUGCAUAAAUUCUUAACUACUAAGCUUAUAGGAAAACUCCAAUAUUUAAAAUUUUAAUCAAAGCUAUAUAGGUAAAUACCUUUUUAAAAACAUGUCAUUUUAUGCUUAAAAUGAACAUAAUUCAAAACAUAAAGGUUAUUAUACUUCCUCUUUAUGGUAGCUGCUCAGUUUCAAGGAAUACUUCUGGUUACAGUCUGUUAUAUUUGAUGAUGAUAAUGUGUGAUUGCUUGAUUUAGAGGAAAGGAUAAAAGUAAAUUUGAAACACAGUUACAUCUAAAUGAAAUGACAGUAUCUUUGUUUUCAGUGGUAAGAAUUUCACCUAGAUUAAAUUUGGGUGAUGACUUGAUUUGAGGCUUAUGGUGGGAAAUUAAGAACAACAUACUGCAAAAUAAUUGUCACAGUUUGCUUUUUAUUUUAGAAAUAGAAAGCUAUUCUAUACUCUAUAUUGUUAUGUCUUUAUUCUAAUGAAAUUUUUUUAUUUUAGAAAAUGGAGUUUUCUCUUUGCAUAAUGUAGUCAUGGUCCAUGAAAAUCAAGACAAGUUUAGUCAUUUUAUAUGUACUGCUCCUUUCAUCAUAUUGGCAACAACCUGUUAGAUAUACACUUAAGUCACAUUUGUUAUGUAGUCUGUGACUGGGGAGUGAUGGAUGAUGCUUUGGACUUGAUAACAUUCUGAACAAGCAGUUGGUCUGUUUACUUCAUGUUUUUCUAUCAUUGCAUUAGGAUCUAUGGAAUAUUUUGACAACUGCAACAGUUCAAUGAAGUUGCAAGGCGUAAAUAAUGCUGAGAAAUUUGACUACGUGAUGCAGUUUUUGAAUAAGAUGGCUGGUAAUGAAUAUGUUGGAUUCAGUAAUGCAACGUUUCAGUCUGAAAGAGAAAGUGGAGACCGAAAUUUUGCCAUAGGAUAUUACUUAAAAGAAAAGAAGUGUUUUCCAGAAGGCACAGACAUGGUUGGUAUAUUAGACUUCUACUUCCAGCUGUGUUCCAUUGAAGUGACCUGUGAAUCCGCUAGUGUGAUGGCAGCAACCCUGGCGAACGGCGGCUUCUGCCCAAUCACUGGCGAGAGAGUACUAAGCCCCGAGGCAGUUCGAAACACGCUGAGCUUGAUGCAUUCCUGUGGCAUGUAUGAUUUCUCCGGGCAGUUUGCCUUCCAUGUUGGUCUUCCUGCAAAGUCUGGAGUUGCUGGGGGCAUUCUUUUAGUUGUCCCCAAUGUCAUGGGCAUGAUGUGCUGGUCUCCUCCCCUGGACAAGAUGGGCAACAGUGUUAAAGGAAUUCACUUCUGUCAUGAUCUUGUCUCCCUGUGUAAUUUCCAUAACUAUGAUAAUUUGAGACACUUUGCAAAAAAACUUGAUCCUCGAAGAGAAGGUGGUGAUCAAAGGGUAAAGUCAGUGAUCAAUCUUUUGUUUGCUGCAUAUACUGGAGAUGUAUCUGCACUUCGAAGGUUUGCUUUGUCAGCCAUGGACAUGGAACAGCGGGACUAUGAUUCCAGAACAGCACUCCACGUGGCUGCUGCAGAGGGUCAUGUUGAAGUUGUGAAAUUUUUGCUGGAAGCUUGCAAAGUAAAUCCUUUCCCUAAGGACAGAUGGAACAACACGCCCAUGGAUGAAGCACUGCACUUUGGACACCACGAUGUGUUUAAAAUCCUCCAGGAAUACCAAGUCCAGUACACACCUCAAGGAGACUCUGACAAUGGAAAGGAAAAUCAAACCGUCCACAAGAACCUUGAUGGAUUGCUGUAAUGGUCUUAAGUCCCAGGAUUGAAGUCACUUACCUAUGUAAUUGUGGAAAUGAUUAUGAAGAACGUGUGUAUUUCUAUCUGGUAGUGAUGUACAUUUUACAACCUUUGUCAUUUCAGUGUUACUGGAGUUUUCUUCCUUGUGCGCACAGGACAAAUUUGAUCUCUUCGGGAAAAAAUAGAAAUAAAACAACCUCCCUCCAUAAUGUGAGCAAUAUUUACCUCGUGCAUUGAACAAUUUGAUGUAAAAGAAUAGUUACCAAUGCUAGCAUAAGUAAUUGUGUGGUCUUCAUGAUUUGUAUGUUUUGUGAAUUUUCAACUCAUGGUGAUGAAGUGUGGAAAUGCAUUUAGAAAUUAAGCUUUGUUGAACAGUCUGUCCAAAUGGGCCAAGGCUGCUAUUAGAGGCAAACAGUGUGAUUUUUCAAGACUUUGAACAUAGAUUUAGUUUGAAUGUGUGAACAACCAAUAUGCAGUUAGAGUUGUAUGUUUAAUAAGUCUCCCACCACCCUAGCUUCAUGGUGGGACAAUGACGACAGCGAACAACUGUUAGUAGGGUAGAGUGAGUCUGCUUGGACUUUAUCAGGGAAUCUGAUUCUGUUUGGUGACCAAAACAUGAUUGCGAAUGUAAUAGUUACAAUACUUUUGAAAAAAUUUCCUUUUUUUAUAUCCCCUUAGUCCAGCCUCUCUUCUCAGAUAUUAGUAUCUGCUUCUGUGUUCCCUCUGGCUGGGAAGGAGAGAGCUGGCAUACUAUGCAGUUUUCUUGUUUUCCACAGUGAGUCAGAACAAGCCUCAUAUGCCUGGCAUCAAAGCUAGAAUGGUGCCAUGUGUCUAAGGAUGAACCAGAGACAAAAUCACUGAGUCAUUUCUAGUCAAAUUCCUUAGUCUAGAAAGAGAAGGGUUGUGCCUCUCCCACUCUUGAAUAUAUUUUAAACUUAUAGGAUACAAAUUUAAAAGUGCUCUAAGCUACCAGAACUACCCUGAAGUAGCUACAAUAAUGCUUAUUUUGAAACCCAUCAUUGAAAUUCUGCAUCCUAGAUACCUGUCCUCUUUUGGACCACUGGGCCACUGCAGAGUGUUAAUUCUCUGCUGUGUAAUUUUGGGUGGGCUCUAUCUUGGGCGGGAGAGAGACAUUCAUGAUGUAGGAGGUGGGUAAAAGGGACUUCAAAAUGGAAUUUUCUAGGAAUUGCACAUGAAUUUUGUCUUACAUCUUUGGUAGAGGAUUUCUGGUGACAAGUGCGCGCACACACAGACACACACGGACUUCUUUGAAGCUGUGUUUGGUGACAUGAGCAGGACAGACUGCACUAAUGCUAGUUAUUACCAUAUUGAUAAGGGUAUUUUUUUCCUAUCAGCACAUGCUGCUUCCAAGCUUUAUUAUGCCUGAUGGGACCCGACUCCAGCAACGCUGGGUUGGGCUGGGUUUUGGCUGUCAGUGUGUCAGUGGCUUCAGCCACUGCCUCCAUUACCUGGACAGCACUUCUCUGUUGAGGCCAUGGCCAGUGCUCUUUAGCUGCACCAAGCAUGAAGCUGUUGGAGGAUGGGGGUGGGCAACAGCCAGGCCACUAUGCUCCUGCUCUGAGGGUCUACAGCUCAGAGGUGGGCUCUGCAAGAUGGUGCCUGGGACAGCAUCACUUCCAAAGACAUUGCAGGAUGCAUUUGUUUUUAUUGAAGUCCACUGUGCUAACCUUGCUGUACUACUGUAUGAUAAAAUGCAAUUUAGGACAGUUCAAAUUUAUAGCUCGCAGACUGCUGCUGAUUGGACAUUUUUCUCUAAGAGCAGAGUUUCUGUGGCUUGGGAACAGAAGGGGUUUGUAUCUUUUCUCAGAUCCAAACCGUUCUGUGAAAUCUCUGUGGUUUAGUUAACCGUGCCCUGAGCUACCCCGCUGUUAUUUAUGACUCUGCCCUGGCUCCUGCUUGGCUGUGCACCCUGGCUGGUAAUAGUGAGUAUACUUGGUUUAAAAGCUUGUUGACUGUGCUGUAAACUGCUACCAUUAGUAAACUCCAAAGAUUUCGUUUUUGCUUUAGGAUCAUGUGUGCUUUUCUGUAUCAUGAGAGCUCUGUGUGGACAUGUGUGUACUAAAGAUUCACACGCAUGGCUAUUGUUGCCAAACUGGGUGCGGAUGGCUUCAUCUGUGGUCACUUGCUGAGCCCCAGCUGCUGCCACGUGGCUCACGACCAUUCCAUGCCACUGUCUGCCUGGCAGCCACUCAAAGACCUGGUAUGGGGCUUAGAUUUUUCCUGGGGAACACACAGCUAUGAAUGUAUUUGCUUCUAGUAUCUCCCAAAGUGAAUCUAGUCUUCAAACCGUAAGUUGUAAGUGUUCUGAAACUGGGAAACGUUUAUUUUAAAUGAAAUCAGGUGGUGUUGCUUUUUACAGCAUAAUAAAUACAUGUAUAUAAA